AUAGAAAAAUAAAUUUUACUUUGGAUAAAAAUUUGAUUAUAUAACAAUAAUAGAGCACUUGGUGAUGGUGUGGUUCAUACAGUACAUACAUAUAUCACUUGCAAGAGGUUGGAAGUUGCAGGAGGAAUGGCAUACUAUAGCUGUGUUGACAGAUCAGAAUAUGGAGAAAAAGGUGGCAGUGACAAUAUUGAAUUUAAUAUUGAUCAUGGAGAUGCAGAAUCAGGUGGAGGUGCUUGUUCAUCGCCACCCUUGUGGGGUGAUUCGAAAAUGUCAAACAACAAGAAGAUGAUGAGGAGUGCAAGAGUAGAAGCCAUAGCAAGAGGUCAGAAGGAGCUGAUGGAGAUGGUGAAGAGCAUGCCUGACUCCUCUUACGAGCUGUCGUUAAGAGACCUUGUAGAUCAUCAUCAAAAACUGGGAUUCCAACAAAACAACAACAAGAAGAAGAAGCAGCAAGCCAGUGUGAGGAAGCUGCAAGGCAGUUCAAGACAGACUAGUACUAGUAAGAAUUACAAGACAGGAGGAGGGUUGUUGUUGAAGAUGGUAUUCCCUGCACUGCCUCUUGGAGCCACUCAAAAAUCAAAGGAAAUCCCAACAUAUUCCCACACCACUACUGCUGCAGGUGGAUUCAGUAGCCAUGGAAGCACUGGAAGCUCAGACACCACUGUUACUGUUAGUAGUAAUAGCACAAGGAAGAAAGGCGGAUUACUCUGCGGAUGCUCACCCUUUCAUUCGAAUAAAAAGAAAAUCGUAGAGUGAAUCAAAUGUUUUUUCUAAGAUUUAUGUAGACAUGUUGAGCUUUAGAAGUUCUGUAGCUAAGAUGUGGAAAGCUGGAAUUUUGUAUAUUUCUUUUCUAAUUUUUUUUA